AUGCUUAUAGUCGGACUUACUGGUGGGAUAGCAUGCGGUAAAUCUACAGUCUCGCAAGAAUUGCAACGAAAGUAUAAGCUUACCGUUGUAGAUGCCGAUUUGAUCGCUAGGGAAGUUGUCGAGCCAGGCAGGCCCGCUUACAACAAGAUAGUCAAAGCGUUCAAAGACGUGCCCGACUUGGUCAACGCGACGGACAAGAGCCUUAAUCGGGCAACGUUGGGACAGGUGGUGUUUCACGACAGGCGCAGAUUGAGAACCUUGAAUUCGAUCGUGCACCCGGCAGUGAAGUGGGAAAUCGCCAAGCAGAUCUUGCGGGCCUACAUCAGUCUCAGGAGUUUGGUCAUCUUGGACGUGCCUCUCCUUUUUGAGUCGCAGUUGUAUCUAGUGUGCGGGCUAAUAGUCACAGUGUCAACGACGCCGGAGUUGCAGGUGGAGAGGUUGCUCAAACGCAAUCCCGAGUUGACAGCAAAGGACGCCGAGAACCGUAUUGGCCUUCAGAUGCCCAAUGCCGAACGAAACUAUAGAAGCGAUAUUGUCAUUGACAACUCGGGUACUUUGCAGCAGUUGCAUCAACAGAUCGAGCUGGUUGUAUAUGAAGUCAAGCCGAGCAAACUUUGGACGUUGAUUGACUUGUUCCCGCCCGUGGGUGUAUUAUCGGCAUUGUUUACUUUUAUCAUCCGCCGAAUGACUGAGAAGUUCAAGGGUACCAAGCCAAAGAGAGAAUAG